GCCCUUCUGGGAGGCAGCUCCAUGCACGUAGGGUCUAGGUUUGCGUGGGGGUAAGGCUACCCCCUCACUGAGAGCAGAGACUGAGGAUGGGAAAUGGAGGGCUACUGAGGAUCUUGGUGCUGCCUGUGCCCUGUCCACAGGUGGCGCUUCGGAUCCGUCCGCUCAACAGUACAGAACUGGAGGAAGGGGCCACCGUCAUCGCCCACAAAGUGGGGGACCAGGUGGUUGUGCUCAUGGAUCCAGGCGAAGACCCAGAGGACACACUUCGUGCACACCGGUCCCGGGAACGUACCUUUAUAUUUGACACAGUGUUUGACCAGCAUGCAUCUCAGGAAGCUGUUUAUCAUGCUACCAUCCAGCAUUUAGUGGAGGGCGUCAUCUCUGGAUACAAUGCGACAGUUUUUGCCUAUGGCCCCUCAGGUGCUGGGAAGACCCACACCAUGCUGGGCAUGGACGCGGAGCCUGGCAUCUACCUGCAGACCCUCACUGACCUCUUCCAGGCCAUCGAGGAGACCCAGGACAACAUGGAAUAUAGUGUGUCUAUGUCUUACCUGGAGAUUUAUAACGAAGUCAUCCGUGACCUCCUGAACCCAUCUUCUGGGUUUCUGGAGCUGAGAGAAGAUUCUAGAGGCAGCAUCCAAAUUGCAGGCAUCACAGAAGUAUCCACCUCAAAUGCUCAAGAGAUCAUGCAGCUACUAACCAAAGGCAACCGGCAGCGUACCCAGGAGCCCACAGCUACCAACAAGACUUCAUCCCGCUCCCAUGCUGUACUGCAGGUCACUGUGCACCAGAAAAGCCGAGGUGGCGACCUGGCAGAGGAAGUGCGCCUCGGGAGGCUCUUCAUGGUGGACCUGGCAGGCGCAGAGCGUGCAGCCCAGACUCAGAACCGAGGCAAGAGAAUGAAGGAGGGCGCACACAUCAACCGCUCCCUGCUGGCCCUGGGCAACUGCAUCAAUGCACUCAGCGAGAAGGGCGGCAGCCGCGCUCAGUACGUGAACUUCCGCGACAGCAAGCUCACGCGCCUGCUGAAGGAUGCCCUGGGAGGCAACAGCCGCACAGUGAUGAUUGCUCACAUCAGCCCGGCCAGCACAAGUUUUGAGGAGUCAAGAACCACACUGCUCUAUGCCUACAGGGCAAAGAAUAUCAAGACAAGGGUCAAGCGCAAUCUGCUGAACGUCUCCUACCGCAUUGCACAGUACACUGACGUCAUCUCUGACCUGCGCAGGGAAAUUGAGCACCUCAAGUCAAAGAUUGAGAAGCAGGAUAAGGAGAAGAAAAGUGACCCCAACGUCCUGGAUAUACAAGCAGUCACCAUCCCCCAUGAUGCAGAGGAGGACAGUCGUCUACAGAUGAACAAGAUCCGGGCACAGCUUAUCGGGGCUUUCAAGGAGCAGAUGGAGAUGCGGCGCAGCUUGGUGGAGCUGGAGAAUACCAACAUUGAGCUGCACAUAGACAUGUCUCGCCACCUACUGACCAUUGCAGACUGGGAGCGAGAGAAGACCCACCACCAAGCAAACACGGACAAUGGUGAGAAGGAAGAGGAGCCCGCGGAUGCUGACGGAGAGGAGGCUGAGGCUUCCGAGCCCCCGGAGGUGGCUCUGGCCAGAGAGGAGGUGAACCUGCUCUUGGCUGAACAGCGGAAAACGGCAGCCCUCAAGGCUGGACUAGAGCAGCGCCUGGCCCAUGCCAAGCAGAAGGCCUCACAGAUGGAGAAGCUGCUGCCCAGGCAGGUGACCAGGGAGGAGCAGCGGGAGGUGCUGCAGCUGCUGUGCAGGGCCCACGAGCUGGAGGUGGAGAACACAGAGCUGCAGGCGGACAACCUGUGCCGCAAGAACCUGCUGGGCCAGAAGGACUUCGUGAUCCAGCGCUAUCACCAGCACCGGAUGCUGUGCGAGCAGGUCAUCCAGGGCCAGCGGCAGCUGAUGAAGGACAACGGCAUUUCAGCCCCGGAACCUCUGGAGCAGCAGUACCGACUGUUCCUCCGGGAACUGGGCGAGGGCACAUUGGACCGCCUGCUGCUGCAGCUCUCAGUGAUGUCCAGCUCCAUCCAAGAUGGUCCCAUUAUGAACGUAUCACCCCCACCACCUGAGGAGACCAGUGGAGAGCCUCCAGGUGACAGGCGGGACCUCCCAUGGGGUGCCACAUUUGAGCUGCCCCAGAUGCUCCUGGAGAGAGACAGUGAUGGGAACAGGUCUUCAAAGAACACUCCAUUGUGGAGGCUUGGAAAGCAGGACUCUCUUCUCCCUCCUCCAGCCCUCCGCAUCCUGCUGACACCCCCCAUGCUUGAGAAGCCCCAUGCUCUAGGAGCCAAGAGCCUGGUCUCCAGACUGCAGCCCACAGCUGGCUUGGAGCUGAGAACCCCACAGCCAGCAGGAGAGAUGAGCAGCCCCCCUCUGAGUGUCCAGGCCCUCAAAGAGAUGGCCCUGGGCACCAAGAGCAUCGCCCUCAUAGCAGCCAGCCGUCGCUGCAAAGUGUAUGACAAAGAGGGCAGCUGCCUGGACUCCAGGGACCCCAGCCCUGCAGACUGGAGGUGGCCCCAUGCCAGCCCCAGCAGGGACCGCUCUGUGGAGAGGAAGACAGGGAGGAACAGGUCACCCUCGUUCACCUGGAGCCUGCAACAAACGACGGAGAAACAUCAGCCCUCUACGGAACAUCCAUCCGAGAGCCAACUGUCCCCAGCACACCUCCAGCCACCAAAGCCAUCAGGGAAGAGCUUUUUCCCUGCUGUCCCUGUGGCCUCCAAGAUGAAACCCAGCCUCAGUUUUCACACAGAUGAAAACACACUUCAUGUGCCGGAGGUCAGCUUCACCUUCCCCAGCGCCAUGUGGCAGAGCCACGCAGCCCCAAGCCGGCCUCCCCUCCUGCCACGUGACAUCCGAGGGUCUACAGACAGCAGAGGCCGGCGUCACAGCCCACUGCCACCCAACAAUCCUCCCAAGCUCCAGGGUGGCAGUGCCAAGAGACCAAGGCGUCCUAAGUAGAUGGCAGCAGGAGCUGGGGACCUGGAAGGCCGAGAGUCCUGGGGACGCCAACACUGGACCAGAGAUGGAGAGUGGUACAGGACACAGGGAUCACCUCCAUGGCAAAGGACCUGUCCAAGACCCCCAUUUUGUCUUUGGGCCUUUCUUGGAUCAUUACAGUUGCUGAGGAUGCCCCCUGGGAUAUCCCUGGAUUCCAAUGACUGACAGCCCAUGGCUCACACUCAGGCUGUAGGGGUCCCUCAGAUGGGAUGGAAGAAUAUGUCCCCAUCACCAGCACUGAGCAGUCUGCAGGUGGUUCUGGGGGUGCCAGCACCAGGGGAGACAGGAUGGCUCUUUUCCUCCAAGCUCCCACAAGCUUCCCAAGCUGUCAGCCAUGCUGACAGGGGAGCUGACGGUGGUGGGGAGGCAGGAGGAGACAGCCAGGGCCCGUGAGCUCUGUCUGCUUUGCUUUUACUGGGACCUGCAUGGGGAGGACCUAAGAGGCUUAGGAGUUUGGGUCUAUUGAUACGUUUUAUUUGAGACAGGGUCUCAUGUAGCUCAGGCUGGCCUUGAACUUGCAGUGUAGCUGAGGAUGACCCUGAACUCUUGAUUGUCCUGCCUUCCUCUCUCAACUUUUCAGAUUAUAAGCAUGGGCCAUCACACCUGGUUUAUGUGGUGCUGGGGAUGGAACCCAGGACCCUAUGUGUGAUAGGCAAGUACACACCCUACAAACUGCCACAUUCCCAAGGCUUUCUGUCUUAAAAAAAAAAAAAAUGGCGGGAAAAAGAGGACACAAAAUUGAGUUCCACGUUGACAAGACACUGCCUUGUCUGUUUUUUGUGUUUGAAUUUUGAGAUGUGGGCAGGGUGGAGGGUAGAGGGCUAGGGGCGGGGUGAUCAGGCUGAACAGGCCAGGAGAACACAGUAGUCAAUAGAUUGCUUCUGUGGUUCCUGCCUCUGCCUCUGCCCGAGUUCCUGCCCCAUCUUCCCUCAAUGAUGGCUGACAGCUAUCAGCUGAAAUUAACCCUCUCCUGCCCAAGCUGCAAUUGGCAUGGUGUUUAUCACAGCAACAGAGAGCAGACUGGGACGCUGCCCUUUAUGACCAAGACAGAGGGACGGGAGCUAGGUGGACUGUGACUUCACCUCCUUAGGUGGCAGCCCCUUGACUAGGAAGUAGGUUUUAAACGUGUGUGUACCUACCUGGCCCAGAAAUGUUGAGCAAAUGCCACAGCUGGAUGCUGGGGGUCAUCCCUCCUUCCUGCUGUGACAGCUGCUGCCAGGGAAGCCAUCACCCAUUUGGAUUUUUCCAAGCUGCUUGGGGAGGGGACUCCUAUAUUUGGGGGCUUUGCUGGGACCGCUGUGAGCCCUGUUGAUACCCCCAACUGUGGUGAGGCGGUGGAGGGUGUACCGGCUGGUAUCUCAGGCCCCUCAGGAUCAGGUGCAGCGGGCCCCAAGCCCCACGCUGUGAACCUUCAGAUGGGGUGUAAGGUGACUUGUAAGACUUUAGAGUCACAAGCAAACAUUUCUGUUUGUUUGUUUGUUUGUUUUAAGACUGUUUUCUGGGUAGCCCUGCUUGUCCUGGGACUCACUCUGUACACCAGGCUGGCCUCGAACCCAGAGAUCCACUUGCACAAACUUUUUAAUUGUGAAGAUGUUUCACAAUGUUUAUUAGGAAGAAUGUCACUAACCCACUGGAGGCUUGAGCCUGUCAGUCAUGCCUGAACUCAAAAAGAAAGUGGAAAGAUGGCUGAGUGGGUAAAGGGCCUGCCAUUGCAAUUGUGAGGACCUGAGUUCAGAUCCUCAGAGUCCAUGGAAAAGCUGGUAACAUGAAUAAUGUAUGUCUGUGAUCUCAGUGCUCCAUUUGUGGGAGGGUGGGCUACAAGGGGGAGACAGAAUUUCUGGAAAUUUGUAAGCCACUUGGGGGGCAUAUACAGAAUGAACGGGAAAACCCCGCUUUACACAGAGUAAAAGGCACGGACUGACCCCGGAGGUUGAUCUCUGACCUCCACACAUACCGUGGCACACAAGAAGUUAAAAAAAAAAAAAAAAAAAGCUGGGCAGUGGUGGCGCACACCUUUACUCCCAGCACUUGGGAA